CAUGACGUCCUCCCAUUCUCACUGCGCAUGCGCGGCUCAGGGAGCGCGCAGCGCGGUGAUCGGCGGUGCGCUGUGUCCCUCAGACACAGCGGAUCACCGAUCACGGAGAGAGCCGAAGAUGUCGGCUCCGUCAUGUGAUCAGCUGUGUCCAAUCACAGCUGAUCACAUGGGACAUGUACACUGAUCAUCAGGGCACUGAUGAUCAGUGUGCCCUGAUGAUCAGUGUAGCCCCAGCAGUGCCACCUGUCAGUGUCCAUCAGUGCCUCGUGCCAGUGCCCAUCAGUGCCACAUAUCAGUGCACAUCAAUGCCACAUAUCAGUGCCCAUCUGAGCUGCCUUUCAGUGCCACCUAUCAAUGCCAAUCAGUGCCACCUAUCAGUGCCAGUCAGUGCCGCCUAUCAGUGCCAGUCAGUGCUGCCUAUCAGUGCCAGUCAGUGCCGCCUAACAGUGCUGCCUAUCAGUGUCAUGUAUCAGUGCUGCCUUUCAAUACACAUCAGUGCCACCUACCAGUGCCUCCUCAUCAGUGCCCAUCAGUGCAGCCUCAUUAGCGCACAUCAG